UGUUCCAGGUUACGGAUCCGUAUCACCUCGUACAACAUGGGGCAAACUAGUGACCAUCAUGUACGCACUAGUGGGCAUACCACUGAUGCUGCUCUAUCUUUCAGCAACAGGAGAUGUUCUAGCUCGCAGCUUCAGACGAUUGUAUGGAAAAAUGUGCGGUACUUCGCCCAAGAAGCAAGUGCAAUGCCCUUGCACCAAUACAGUGCGAGUUCCGGUGAUACUCUGUUUGGUGAUAGUACUCGCGUACAUAUGCUCAGGGGCAGUGCUAUUUCAUAGACUGGAGAAUUGGUCUUUGCUAGAAGGUAGAAAUGAAAGGUCAGGAUCGCCACAAAUUCUGCAAUAUUGUAUUAUUGCUUCGUUUGGCAACACCGCAUCUCGUACAUUCCAAGGCAAGAUUUCCAUCUCCAUCAUCGUAGAUCAGCGAUUUUGGCAGCUAUUUUUGCUUCACCAGCCUAGGGACUAUAGGUUUCGGAGACCUGCUGCCUGGCCAAAAGGCGGAAGAAAUAUCUUUAUGCGCAUGCUCAGCUUACAUUCUGACAGGGAUGGCUCUGGUCGCGAUGUGUUUUACUUUGGUGCAGGACGAGGUGCUGCGAUUACUACGAUACUUAGGAUCCACGUGUUCGAAAACUGAAAUGACAUCGAACAAAGAAGACGAAAACGCAAUUUUGGAUUCCUGACAACGACCAACCACGGAAGGUGCUGUCAAAAGCAUUCCCGUGAGGAGAACGCAACCUGCUGCAUUCCAUCACAACAGCCUUCCAAGGAAGAGCAAUUUCCACAGGAAUGCGCCAGCUCGCAGAUCAGCAGGAAUCGGAGGGUGCCAGUUCCACCACCGCAAACUCAGUUGACAAAACAGUGGAAUACAUAGCGAAGUUGAGCGACCUUAGCGAGCUGAGUUCAGCAAUAAGUGAUCUGAGCACCGUUAAAAAGGAGUUGAAGCAGUUCAAGAACUUCAAAAUUUGCGAAGAGUUAAAAAAAUGUGAGGAGGGGUGUUCGUGCAACGUAGAAUCAGACUGCGAUAUUUGCAAAGUGUUAGACUUUGCCAAGAAGGAGAAGUUAUAGUGCUAGCGGUGCUUUUGGACUAGGAUGGGAGCUCAGAAAUAACAUCCGUAUAUAGCCAACCAUGUUUCUUUUUUACCGGUGAUGUUUGUUGAUGUGUUGUAUGAACCCUAAAGAGCUUUUCAGAAAGCCACAUUUCAAAAUACUAUAUUUAAUGUGAAUUAUGUAUUUGACAAGUCUUCAGGUGGCCUCAAAGUUUCGGAAUUCUGAUUCGGAAUGACACAGUAACAUAAAAAAAUUUCUGUUAAAAUCACAGCUGGCAUUUUUUACAGAAGAAGUCUAAUUUCCCUAGGCUAUUUACAAUUGGAAUUCCGAACGUAUGCGGCCGCGCUUAUACCCCAUAAAUGAGGGAGAGAACUGAGGAUAUAAAAAUAAGCACUUAUCAAUGUAUGUAUAUUUAUCAACUGCUGUUUCUGGAAGGGGAAGUACAAGCAGUACAAACUCACUAUAACACAUAAAUGGUAAUUCUUUGUCACUCUAGUAUAUAAGCUACAAGUGGUUUCAUAUCACGAAAACUGUCUCAUUUAAGAACACUAAAUACUACCAGGCUAAUGUCACGUUUUAGUUGGAGUGGACUACUUUUUAUACUGAGAAGGCGCAAACCUUUUCCAAAAUUCUCUUCUGGCGAUGUCGGCAAAAUAGCGCAUGGAACUAGGUUAGACAAUAUUUUGUUUCAAUAAACAUAUUUGUGCCAACUUCCACGGACAUUUAUAUUCUUCAUAUUCCGAACCCCGCAUUGAAUGUAUUCUAUCGACUUUGUAUUUAUGUUAUAGAGUACGUGGCAUGUGUUAAUAUACUGGUAUGAGCCAAACACAAAUCGAUGUAAGAAACGAAAUAAAAUAAUAAGCACAUUUUUUAUGCAAAUAUUUUAAUAAAAGUAAGUAGGCUAAUAAUAAAUAUGAUAGAUUUUUGUAAUUCAUCUUUCUGUGAAAGUGAAUCUAGAAGGAAAGGUUACAGAACAGAAAAACAGUCAAACGUGAAUUGCGGAUACCUUUCACUUAUUUUACAUCGCCUUUGGCAAUAGUAUUUAUUCAUAAUGUCAAAGCAAAGCUGACCUAUAAUGUUUGCCUUCUAGCCAUCCAAACACUAAAUUACGUAUUAACUGAUCCUGUACAUAUGUAUGUAUACCUGUAAAUAUAAAAUUA